UGCUAGUUCUUCGUAGUGACGGCGGCAUCAAUUUCUGAAUUAAUUACCAUUUGUCGCAAAAAAACUGCGCGUCCUUUUCGUUUUCUAGACUAAAAAUUAUCAUUUUAAGUUUUAGUUGUGUUAAAUAGUGAUUUCAAUGGCUUCUGACGAGGAAGUAGACGGUUCUUUCGCAGGUGAUGAGGACGUUGAAGAAGGCGAGGGUCAGAAUGAAAAUUCUGGAGAAAGUGAUGAGGCACCACCAAAGGAAGAUGAUGGUGACUAUUCACCAGAAGAUGGAAGAAAAAAGAAAAAGGGCAAGAAAAGAAAAGCCAAGGGUGAUGAAAAAAAGGGUAGAAAGAAAAAAAAGAAGCGCAAGAAUGAAAGUGAAGAGGAUGAAGAGUUUGGCCUCGAAGUUGGCGGAGAUGGGGAAGGUGACAGUGAUUACGCUCUAAGUGCGGUGUCAUCAAGCAAGAAAUCCCGUAAGGGACGAGGAAGCAAGCACAACACGUCCACACCAGCACCCUCAUCUGAUACUGGAUCAGGAAUGCCAACCGUGGAAGAAGUUUGUUCCUCGUUUGGCCUCACAGAUGUGGACAUACAGUACUCUGAUGCUGAUUUAGAGAAUUUGACAAGCUACAAGCUGUUCCAGCAGCAUGUGCGCCCUUUCAUUAUGAAAGAAAACCCUAAGGUACCAGUUUCAAAGCUGAUGAUGCUGGUAGCUGCUAAAUGGCGGCUAUUCUGCGAGACAAAUCCACACUUGGAUGGCGGCACUCAGAACAUUGGGUCAGAAGAAAACACUAACACUUCAACUACAUCAGACUAUACUUCAAAACGCUCAGCUCGCUCAAACAGGGAGACUAAGUUGGAGGAGGGUUUAGAAGAGGGCGACGAAGAGGAGGACGAGAGCUUAGUCAGCGACGAGGGGACGCCCAUCGCCGCCGGGCCCCGCAAGCGCGGACGCAAGCCCAAGCACACCAGCUCCGCGCCUACGCCGCGCGGCAAACCCGGCCGCAAGCCGAAAGUGCCAACGCUCAAGAUCAAGUUCAGCAAGCGGAAGAGGACUAGCAGUGAGGAAGAUCACGAGGGUAGCGUUGGUGCGAAUACAGACUCUGACGCCGAGUUCGAACAGAUGCUCGCCGAAGCCGAGGAGCCCAAGCCGGCUGCGAGCGCCGCGGAGGACGCGCCGCCUGCCAAGGAAGAAGAUCCUAAUGCCCCGCCGGUGCCCAAAAAGAAGGCAAAAACAAAGAUUGGUAACAAGACAAAGAAGAAGAAGAAGAUGAAGACAACAAACAAGUUCCCCGACGGUACGGAGGGUGAGCAGGAGCACCAAGACUACUGCGAGGUGUGUCAGCAGGGCGGGGAGAUUAUACUCUGUGACACUUGCCCCCGAGCCUACCAUCUCGUGUGUCUCGAGCCGGAACUCGAAGAGACUCCGGAGGGACGGUGGUCGUGUCCUCACUGCGAGUCUGAAGGCAACCAGGAUCAAGAUGAUGAUGAUGAACAUCAGGAGUUCUGCAGGAUUUGCAAGGAUGGCGGUGAACUGUUGUGUUGUGACUCCUGUCCUUCGGCGUACCAUCGCUUCUGCUUGAAUCCACCGCUCGAGGAGGUACCAGAUGGAGAAUGGAAAUGUCCAAGAUGUAGUUGUCCUCCUUUGGAUGGUAAAGUAGCAAAGAUUUUGACAUGGAGAUGGAAGGAGCAUCCGGCAAAGACAAAGGUGCCUCGUUCAAGGGAAUUCUUCGUCAAGUGGCAUGAACGUUCAUACUGGCAUUGCAGUUGGAUUUCAGAGAUCCAGUUGGAUGUAUUUCAUCCCCUGAUGUACCGCUACUACAUGCGUAAAUAUGAUCCAGAAGAACCGCCUAAAAUGGACGAAGCUUUAGAGGAGCGAGAAGGUAGAAAGAGACAGAAGAAGGGACAACAGCAAGAACAAGAUGAUUCAGAUGAGAAGAUGCUAGAAGAAAAGUAUUACAGGUAUGGAGUGAAGCCAGAAUGGUUGAUAAUACAUAGAGUUAUCAACCAUCGCACAUCGCGUGAUGGUACUACAUACUACCUGGUCAAAUGGAGGGACUUGUCAUAUGACCAAGCCACAUGGGAGUCGGAGCACGAAGAUAUCGCCGGCUUGAAGAACGCUAUUGAAUACUACCAGGACAUGCGGGCGUAUAUUACAUCCGAAGGCAAAACUAAAGGUAGCAAGGGCAAGAAAGUCGGACGCAAGAGCAAGAACCGCGAUAAUAUUGACGAGGACGAAAGCAGCAGCGGUUUACAGUUCAAAAGCAAAAAAUACAACCCACCGCCGGACAGGCCGACUACAAACCUCAACAAAAAGUACGAGGAUCAACCGCCGUUUGUUUACGAAACGGGAAUGCAACUUCAUCCCUAUCAAUUGGAGGGUCUCAAUUGGUUGCGGUACUCGUGGGGACAGGGCAUCGACACUAUUCUCGCCGACGAGAUGGGUCUCGGCAAAACUAUCCAGACUGUGACAUUCCUCUAUUCCCUCUUCAAGGAGGGACACUGCAAAGGACCCUUCCUCGUUUCGGUACCCCUCUCCACGAUCAUCAAUUGGGAGAGAGAGUUCGAGCUGUGGGCUCCCGACCUAUACUGCAUCACCUACGUCGGUGACAAAGAUUCGAGAGCAGUCAUUAGAGAGAAUGAACUGACGUUCGACGAUGGCGCAAACAGGGGUGGUCGACCCUCGAAGAUUAAAUCGCAAGUCAAAUUCAAUGUUCUGUUAACAUCAUAUGAACUUAUUUCUAUCGAUUCCACGUGCUUGGGCUCCAUCGACUGGGCGGUACUCGUAGUAGACGAAGCCCACAGGCUCAAGAGCAACCAGUCCAAGUUCUUCCGACUCCUAGCCGGAUAUCAUAUUAACUACAAACUGCUCCUCACUGGAACACCAUUGCAGAACAAUCUGGAGGAGUUGUUCCAUCUUCUGAACUUCUUGAACAAAAACAAGUUCAAUGACCUUGCAGCUUUCCAGAACGAAUUCGCCGAUGUGUCGAAGGAGGAGCAAGUGAAGAGGCUUCAUGAGAUGCUCGGACCGCACAUGCUGCGACGUCUCAAGGCCGACGUAUUGAAGAACAUGCCCACCAAGUCCGAAUUCAUCGUGCGUGUCGAACUGUCGCCCAUGCAGAAAAAGUAUUACAAGUAUAUUCUAACCAGAAAUUACGAGGCCCUGAACCCCAAGAGCGGCGGACAAACGGUGUCCCUGCUCAACGUCAUGAUGGACCUCAAGAAGUGCUGUAAUCACCCGUAUCUCUUCCCGGUAGCCGCCGAGGAGGCGCCUCUCGGCCCCCACGGUAAUUACGAUACCCAAGCCCUAGUAAAGGCUUCAGGAAAACUCGUGUUGAUGUCUAAAAUGCUAAAACAACUAAAGGAGCAGGGACACAGAGUACUAAUUUUCUCCCAGAUGACAAAAAUGUUAGAUAUUCUUGAAGAUUUCUUGGAAGGCGAAGGGUACAAAUACGAAAGAAUCGACGGUGGUAUCACCGGAACUAUUCGUCAGGAAGCUAUCGAUAGGUUUAACGCACCCGGCGCUCAGCAGUUCGUAUUCCUCCUGUCGACCAGAGCUGGUGGUUUAGGUAUUAAUUUGGCCACUGCAGAUACUGUAAUCAUUUAUGAUUCUGAUUGGAAUCCUCACAACGAUAUUCAGGCCUUCUCUCGCGCUCACCGUAUCGGUCAAGCGAACAAGGUGAUGAUAUACCGCUUCGUAACACGCAACAGUGUAGAGGAGAGAGUCACGCAGGUGGCUAAAAGGAAGAUGAUGUUGACGCAUUUAGUCGUGCGACCCGGAAUGGGCGGAAAGGGUGCCAACUUCACAAAACAAGAGUUAGAUGACAUUCUUAGAUUUGGUACAGAGGAGCUGUUUAAGGAGGAGGACGGAAAAGAGGAGGCCAUUCAUUACGACGACAGAGCCGUUUCGGAGCUGCUCGAUCGUUCCAAGGAAGGUAUCGAACAGAAGGAGUCCUGGGCUAACGAGUAUCUUAGCUCGUUCAAGGUAGCCUCGUAUUCCACAAAAGAAGGCGACAACGAAGAGGAGGUCGACACUGAGAUUAUUAAACAGGAGGCCGAGAACACCGACCCGGCGUACUGGAUUAAACUUCUGCGACAUCACUACGAGCAGCACCAGGAAGAUCAGGCGCGAACGCUGGGCAAAGGUAAACGAGUUCGUAAACAAGUCAACUAUAAUGAUGGAAGCGUGGCACAGACAGAAAACAGGGAAGAUUCCACUUGGCAAGAGAACGGUUCGGAUUACAACUCGGACUUCUCUCAGGGUAGUGAAGAUGACAAGGAGGAUGACGAUUUUGAUGAAAAGAAUGACAACGGUGAUCUCAUGAGCCGACGCAGCAAAAGGCGACUGGAGAGGCGCGAGGAGAGAGAUAGACCCCUACCUCCUCUGCUGGCCCGAGUCGGCGGAAACAUGGAAGUUCUCGGGUUCAAUGCUCGCCAAAGAAAGUCGUUCCUCAAUGCGAUUAUGCGGUACGGAAUGCCUCCUCAAGACGCGUUCAACUCGCAGUGGCUAGUUAGGGAUCUCCGAGGAAAAUCAGAGCGAAAUUUCAAAGCCUACGUGUCACUCUUCAUGCGCCACUUGUGCGAGCCGGGUGCCGACAACGCCGAGACAUUCGCCGAUGGCGUUCCGAGAGAGGGUCUAUCUAGGCAGCACGUCCUGACUCGAAUCGGCGUGAUGAGUUUAAUAAGGAAGAAGGUGCAAGAGUUCGAGCACAUCAACGGCUACUACAGCAUGCCCGAACUGAUCCGGAAGCCCGUGGAGCCGGUGAAGAUAGCGGGCGAGAGCGCUGCGCCCAGCCCCGCCCCGUCGACGGCGACGCCCAUCACGUCCGCGGCACCCUCGCCGGCGCCCACGCAGGUCACACAGAACUCUGGACAGGCGCCCACUCCCGGCGGCUCGGAGAAGGACGAGAAGGAGGAAGUGAAGGAGGAGAAACCGGAGGCUAAAGAGAGCAAAGAGAAGGAGGAGCCGAUGGACACUAUCGAUAUCAAGGAGGAGAAAACCGAGGAGAAGGAACCUCCCAAGGAGACGAAAUCGGAGGAGAAAGAGGAGAGACGCAUGUCGGUGGACGAGGAGGCCCCUAAAGACGAGGAUAAGUCUGACGAGAAGAAGCCCGAGGAGAAGGACGUGAAAGUUAAGGACGAGGUCAAGGAGGAGGACAAGAAGGAGGACUCGAAGAGCGACAAGGCGGAGUCCGAGGGGUCGGACAAGAAGGACGAGAAGAAGGACGACGACGACGACGACGUGGUGCUCGUCAAGGAGGAGGAGGACCUCAAGGUGGAGCGCCGCAAGUUCAUGUUCAACAUCGCCGACGGCGGGUUCACGGAGCUCCACACGCUAUGGUUGAACGAGGAGCGAGCCGCCGCGCCCGGCCGCGAGUACGAGAUCUGGCACAGGCGACACGACUACUGGCUGCUGGCUGGCAUCGUGACGCACGGCUACGGUCGCUGGCAGGACAUCCAGAACGACCUGCGGUUCGCCAUUAUCAACGAGCCCUUCAAGAUGGACGUCGGCAAGGGCAACUUCCUCGAGAUCAAGAACAAGUUCUUGGCGCGGCGAUUCAAGUUGCUCGAGCAAGCGCUGGUCAUCGAGGAGCAGUUGCGUCGCGCGGCGUACCUCAACCUGACGCAGGACCCCAACCACCCGGCGAUGUCGCUCAACGCGCGCUUCGCCGAGGUGGAGUGUCUCGCCGAGUCACACCAACACCUCAGCAAGGAGUCGCUGGCGGGCAACAAGCCGGCCAACGCUGUGUUGCAUAAGGUGCUGAACCAGCUGGAGGAGUUGCUGUCGGACAUGAAGUCUGACGUGUCGCGGCUGCCGGCGACGCUGGCGCGCAUCCCGCCCGUCGCGCAGCGCCUGCAGAUGUCCGAGCGGUCCAUACUGUCGCGACUCGCCGCCACCGCCGGCAACCCUGUGCCUAACGCUCAACUGGCUCAGUUUCCGGGCGGGUUCGGUUCCGGCGGCACCCUGGCGGGCUUCCCGCCCUCCGCCGCCGCCGCCAACUUCACUAACUUCCGCCCGCAGUACUCCGUGCCCGGCCAGCCCGCCAACGCCGGUGCAUCCACGAAAUCAUAAGUGUAUUCAAGGCAUGUCACAGCUAUUAACAAUACAGUGAGCGGCUUAUGCGGACACGUAUAGAUCAAUAUUUGAAAUUUUAUUCUAAGAUUCUCGCUCCACCUUGGGUUUAAAGUGAUAUAAUUAGUGGUUAGUGCAGUGCAGUUAUGUUAGGUAACAUAAAUAUAAUGUCAUAUUGAAAUAGAA